AUGCUUGCAAUACGACGACCACUGCUGACUGUACCGUCGGUCGCAACGAGUGCACAAGCGGUUUUCCACAAUCGCAGCUCCGUGCCGCGAGUAACGGACGAUCGUGAGAAGUCGAAGGCGUUCCCAGCGGAUGCGGGCUACCUUUACCGCUACCAUCGUCCGGGCGUCGAUCCAUUACCGCGUAUACCAGGCUGUCGCGUGCCGGUCCCACGACCGCCGUAUAAAGUCCGCGACGCGUGGAGAGAAUCGCAGGCGCGAUUUGGUCAGAAUGACUACAUCGAUCUGUUGGGAGAUGGCCAACUUCAUCCGGCUCUGUUGCAGUAUCACACACCAAAAUGGCUGAGAGGCUUCCCUGGACAGCAUCGUGCGAAUGAACUGGUGAAAUUGAUUCACUACAGGAAUUUGUACGAUGAGAAGUUGAAGCAGAAUUCUCCGAGAAGAUGGCAUGAGCUUUGCAAACGAAUCAAGUAUCUGCUCAUACAUCACAACUACGAGAAGCAGGAUGAGCUGCAGCGUGAGCGCGAUCUUGGCCUUUGGGAUGAGGAACCGGAUUAUUUCUACAAGGAUAAAUCAAGGCGAUCCUAUCAAGAUCUUGUUUGA